AUGGAAGAGAGUAUAAAUGGUGAUGACAGUGAGAUAAGCAUGGAUAAAAUAGUGAAAGCGUUGAAAAGUAGAAGAUUAGAUAAGGCUGCAGGGUAUGACAGGAUUACCAUCGAAAUACUGAAAGCUGGACAUGGCAUAUUUGUGGAUUCUGAGACAACAGAUUUAGUAUUUCAUAAAAAAGUUCCAGAAUGCGAUUAUGACUUUCAAAAUGAGCUUCCUUCGCAAAGUGCUCUGUUGGCUGCGGACGAUGUUCUUGCACAAUUUUUAUCAUCUGAUGGCCCUCUUGAAGAGCCUGAUUUGAAUGGCCCUACGACUUUGCAUUGUGAGAUUUGUCAAAAGAGAUUUGAUAAUGCAAAAAAGUAUUAUGGUCAUUUGCGAGUACAUUCCAAGGAUAAUUUGUGGAUUUGUGACAGAUGCCCAAAUCAGAAGUUCGCUACGAAACAAGCUCUCAUGAAGCACAGUUUAACACAUAAGCCUCUAGCUCGUGUUUGGAAGUGCCCUCAGUGUUCUAUGGCUUUUGAGGCUCUCUGGCGUUUACAACAACAUCUGUUUGCUAAACAUUUAGACUACAGACCUCACAAAUGCGACCAAUGUGAGAAAUCAUUCCAAAAGCCGUCAGACUUAAAGAAACACAAAGAUUUACACAGUGAUGUCAAGCGUCAUGCCUGCCCAUGUUGUGAUAAGAAAUUCAACCAUAAAUCCAAUUUAAACAGACACAUGUUGCUUCACACUAAAGACAAACCUUUUAGUUGUUCAGGGUGCCAUGGGAGGUUUACACAGAUAGCAUCAUUAAAACGACAUCAAAAAAAUUGUGUACUCUUUAACAUUGCAAGUGUUAGUAACGUUAAUCAAGACAAAACCAGGAAGAAUUAUUGUAGAAUAUGUGGUGCUACUUUUCAAUACAAAAGUGCAUUGUUGGAACAUUGUGUGAGACAACACACUAAUCCAAGUAAUGAUGUCCAUAAAGAUGAUAAAACAUGCCAAAUGAACAUUGAUACAUGUAGAACGGAGGACAAUAUUGUUGAUGAUAUUCUAUCGGCUGAAGACGAUUACAUGAGAAUGUCAUCCCAGCAAGAGGUUGAAGUCCUGCAUAAUUACAAUAAUCAACAAAACCUCCCAGAUGUCAACACUUACGAUAACCUCAUGCAGAUCGAAUUCCUCAAGGAAAUGAAUCAGUUACACAUAUUGGAUGACGAAUUUUUAUACAAUGAUUUAGACUUUGAUAGUUUUCAUAAUAAUCACACCUUAAAUCCGAAUGAUAUAGAUUAUGAAAAUGACAAAAAUGGUGAAAUAUUAUUCGACUUUGCGGAUGGAGGUAGAAGCGUAGAUCAGGAUUUAAUGAAUGCAUUGUGUCAUGUUAAAGCCGAACAUCUACCAGAUGACCUCUUAAAUGUGGAAGAUAUCAGCACCAAACCAACUGAAACUAUUCAUCCUCCAGUUUCUGUUAAUGAAUGUGCAACUAUAUUUGAAAGUGAUGUUGAUUUGGAAGCCAGCACUAAUUUAGCUGCAAACCUUAACCAGUUGAUCGGUGAAAAUAGUGUACAGUAUAUAUCAACGGAAGAUGAUGAUAUGUUUAUUAUUAGUUUAAAUAGUGAAAUAGACGCUGAGCAGUUGACUGAUAUGUUAAAUAUAGGAAUGGGAGUUGUUAACGACAAGGACGAGGAAACAGCUCAAACAGAAAAAACCGUGUCUGAUAAUGAAUUUCAGACACAAGCUGAAAGUAACAAUUCUAAACCAAUAAAAAUUAAAAUCGAGGAACAAUCUAUGGAGCUAAGUGAAUCUAAAGUUAAUGACAAAGAAAACAGAGCGAAAACAAAGGGCAAGAAGCAAGUGCUCUACAUUUGUUCGACGUGUCAUAAAAUAUUUAAAAAGAAAGAUAACUACAAAUCACAUAUAGCGACACAUUCGGCGGCGCUACGGAGACACGUGUGCGGCGUGUGCGGAGAACGUUUCAGCUACCGCUCCACGCUCAACAAGCACCGCGCGGCGGCGCACGAGCCGCGCGUCCGCCCCGCGCACGCCUGCUCGCAGUGCGCGCGCACCUUCGCCGCCGCCUGGAUGCUGAAGAACCACAUCGAGAGAGACCACGAACAUUUAACUCCCUACGUGUGUGAUGCGAAAGACUGCAGUAGAAAGUUCUACAAGAAAUGUGAUCUCGUCGUCCAUAAAAGAUAUCACACGGGCGAGCGUCCAUUUGUCUGCGAGAUUUGCAAGCAGGCUUUUCCUCAUAUCUCACAUCUCAAGAGACACGAGCGUUUUGUAGAUUGCACGCAUAGGUCUCGAAAAAAUGUAGCGUGAGACUUAUAUAUACAUACACAAUGAAUAAAACAAACUAAUUUUA